AAUCGACCACGAGUGACAACCUUUUUUCUUAAACCUGUGCUGCUCAUUUCGCAGACGGGUGGGGAUUUCGUUUGCAAGUUUCCUUGUUAGCGUCCAGCUACGGGGCAGCCUUCAGCAUAGAUCGUCCAAUGGAUCGUCCCGGGUUUUAUGGACGUCACACAAGGGCCGGUGCAGCGCGUGAAGCGCGAAGCAGAGGAGGAGGACCGUUUGUUCCUACAAGGAAACGGACCGGUGUGCUGCAAAAUGGAGAGUCCAGAGGUUGUGCCGCCAGAAUCCUUGAAAGAUAAAUCCAGUCGUUUUUAUAUCGUCACCUGGAUCAACAAACUCCUGAAGACAAACUUCAAAGAUGUGCGAGAGAUGGGUUCAGGUGCAUGUUACUGCCAGAUGAUGGACCGCACCUUUCCUGGAUCUGUUGACAUGACCAAGGUGAAAUUUGAUGCUCAAAGUGAAGAUGACUGUAAGCACAACUUUGCUCUACUCCGUGACGCUUUUAGCAAGAAGGGCAUUACAAGGGACAUCCCAGUCGAGGCGCUCAUGAAAGGAGAUUUUAAAAGAAGCUUUGAGUUCCUGAAGUGGUUCAAAGUAUUCUACGCAUCAAAUGUGAAAAGUAAAGACAAUAACAGCCCAAAUUCAACAUCUCCUCAACUGUGCAAUUCUAAAUCGGAAUCAGACACGGAAAAGAACGGCAGUGUAACGUCGAAUAAAACAUUUCCUUACACUGAAAAGUGGAAGGAAACUUUUGAUUGGGCAGAUCGUAGUAAACUUGGAGAGGAAUAUACCUACUGCUCCUCUUGUCGCACUAAACUUCACACAUUUCAUAAAGGCAGUGUUGAACUUAAGCGACACGAGGAGACAAGGAAACACAAGAAAAGGGCUAAAAUCUCCAAGAGCAAUGGCCUGCAAGGCCAAGUUUCCAAGCCACUGCCUUAUAGCAAAGCAGCUGUUCGCUUCAUUCGCUUUUUCACUGGAUCCGCUAAUUCUGAGCAGGUAUCGAGACUAUUGUUAAGCCAAAAGCUAGGGUUGCAGUACCACAAAUACAUCGAGUCUGUUUUGCAGCAUACUCCUUACUGUGUUUACAUUUAUGGAGGUGUAGCAGUAGGGAAGGAGGACAGUAUCUCAGUGGUCCUCGUAGGUUUUUAUGAUGUUGAAUCCUCCCGUCAUUGUGUCUGCUUUUUGGAUGCUCUUCAGUCGGCGGAUGGUUCAGGAGAUCAAACAGUGGCAGCGGUGGUGCAGACUUUGAAGAAAUUUGGGCUACCCACAGAUAAUCUUGUUGCUGUUUAUUUCAGCGGCGACCAUGAAGCCUCAGAGCAGAUCCACUCACAGCUCAAGCAGCUCAACCCAAACAUCAUAGCCUUAGGAGGCCUGUACACCAUCGCUGAUGCUGCUUGUCAUGCUGGGGUUAAGGAGCUCUCCAGUCAGACUCAAAAGUUGAUGGAGGACAUUCAUGCACACUACUUGUCCUGCUCUACUAAGAAUGACAACUUGAAGGCUCUUUUUAGCUCAGAUGACAUUGAAAACAGCACACCAUUUUACCCGAACACCAGCUGCCUUAGAUUUUGCCAGUUCGUGAUGAAAAUUUUGGAGAAAUGGGCAGAUCUCAUCUUUUACUUCAGCUCUUGUGACAAAAACGAUGCACAAGCCAAAUUAAUCUGCUCGCAGUUGAAGGAUCCCAAGGUCAAGGCAACAUUUAUGUUCCUGAAAGAGGCCCUAAAGCCUCUGCAGAAUUUUCAGACGAAAACACAAGGAGCUUCCUGGGCUACAAUGCCGCGCGUCCUAGAGGAAGCUAGUACCCUGCUUGACACAUACACCUCUCAUUUCCUUCAGUCGCAUGCUGCUGCUCACUACCUCAAAGGACAUGAUGCUCAGAUUCUUACAAACAAAAAAUCCCACCUUCAAAGCCCUAAAUUCAGUCAGGAUGGGAGAGCUGUAGAAAAUUUCCUAAAAACAUCUGAUGCUGUAGACUCACUGCCACAGUUGCAAGAAGAGGCUCUGUCUUUCUACAUUGCAGUCACAAGUUGUAUUGCAGAGGAGCUGCCUUUAAGUGGCAAGGUGCUAAGAAGCAUCGCUCAGCUGCUAAACCCUGAAAAAUGGCUGCAAGUGACAAAUAAGGCAGUAGAAGAGUUAGGGACCAAGCUGGGAGUCUGCAGCUCCCCUGAGGAAGUCAAGCAGCUCAUGCAGGAAUUCACUGAGAAUCAGUCAGUUGAGGAGAAAAAAAAUAAAGAAGACAAGGACAACACAGCAUUAGUUCCACUGGAGAAACAUUGGGGCAGAGUACUGAAAGACAGCAAGCCCACCUCAGUCCUCAGGAAGCUCAUUUUGACCCUGCUGUCAUUCCCAUGUCCUCCACUUGAAGCCAAGCAAGUUAUUACUCGGGCCUUGGGGAAAGAUGUCGUCCCUUUGUUUUCGGAAAGUGAAACCUUAACAGAAAGUGAGUGUGAUGUCAUGUCUGACAACAGUCUCUCUGAUAGUGCCAACAGGAAGGAUUCCCAGGUUCAUAUUCGAGGAAUAAAUCGUCCUGAUGUGCAAGUGAGGCCUUGCGAAGUUCGCCUUACAAAGAUGAACUAUCUACCUGAUCAUUCAGGAUUGAAUGGGACCCCAACAAAAGAGGGAACCUGUAGGGGCGGUUUUGGCUGGGAGAGCACCUUACGCCAAAAGCCACAGGCCCGUACAGUGUUUCAGGCUGGUGCAAACACCUGGUCCAAACCCGUAGAUCUUGAUACCAACAGCAAAAAUGGUCUGGAGUCCAAAGAUGAGGUGGUGGAAGAAAGUUCAUCUUCCGGUAAAGCCACACCAACCAGAGCACGGCGCAAAAAUAACUACCAGGAUGGAAAAGGGUUUCCAACGGGAGAGCUGGUGUGGGGCAAAACAAAGGGCUUUACCUGGUGGCCGGGGAUGGUGAUGCCUUGGAAGACCAAAUCUCCUCCCCCAGGCCUGCGAAGGGUGGAGUGGUUCGGAGAUGGGAAGUUCUCAGAGAUCAAUGUUGAGAAACUGCUGCCAUUUGGUGCCUUCAGUCGGUGCUUCUGCAAAAAUUCCUUUGCCGGCUUGCCGUUGUACAAGGAAGCCAUCUACCAAAUCAUUGAGUUGGUGAGUGAGCGAUGUGGGAAGUCUUUUGCUGAAGCAGACGGUAAUAGAGAAAAAGAGCUAAAGAUGAUGGUGGACUGGGCUUUUGAAGGAUUUCUGCCUCGUGGACCUGAAGGAUUUACACCUCCUGAGUCCACCUUACAUCAGGAAUCAUCCGACAACUCGCUGUCUGACAACCAGCCGCCACCAAAAAGAAAAUAUGUCUUUAAAAACAAGUCAAAUGCCCUCAUCAUCUCCUACAACAGAGAAUCAAUAGCUGAGAAAGUCAGAGAGCAAGGCAGAACAAUUGAAAAUUUCUGCUUGUCUUGCGGAUCCACUGAGAUUUAUGUGCUGCAUCCACUGUUUGAAGGUGGUCUUUGUAUAAGAUGCAAGGACAACUUCACAGAGACUCUGUAUCGCUACGAUGAAGAUGGCUACCAGUCGUAUUGCACCGUGUGCUGUGCAGGCACAGAGGUCAUUCUGUGUGGCAACACCAGCUGCUGCAGAUGUUUCUGUAAAGACUGCCUGGACAUCCUGGUGGGCGCAGGUACUUUUGACAAACUAAAAGAUGUUGAUCCUUGGAGCUGCUACAUGUGCCUGCCAUCCCAGUGUGAAGGAAACCUUAAACUCAGACCAGACUGGAGUGCUAAGGUUCAAGACCUUUUUGUCAACAACAGUGCCAUGGAGUUUGAGCCCCACAGAGUUUAUCCCUCCAUCCCUGCUGACCAGCGUAAGCCAAUGAGGGUGUUGUCACUUUUUGACGGCAUUGCAACAGGAUAUCUGGUGCUCAGAGAUUUGGGUUUUAAGAUUGAGCGAUACAUCGCUUCAGAGAUUUGUGACAAUUCCAUCGCAGUGGGAAUGAUAAAGCACAAAGGGAAGAUUGAAUAUGUCAAUGAUGUUCGCACCAUUACAAGGAAACAUCUGGCUGAAUGGGGUCCCUUUGAUCUUCUGAUUGGAGGCAGUCCAUGCAAUGACCUGUCCAUGGUCAACCCUCUUCGAAAAGGAUUAUAUGAGGGCACUGGAAGACUCUUCUUUGAGUUCUACCGCAUACUGACCUUGUUGAAGCCAAGGAAGGAAGACAACCGUCCAUUCUUCUGGUUGUUUGAGAACGUGGUUUUCAUGAGCUCACAUGAUAAAUAUGACAUUUGCAGGUUUCUUGAGUGUAAUCCAGUUCUUAUUGAUGCAGUAAAAGUCAGUCCUGCUCACAGAGCACGCUACUUUUGGGGAAACAUACCUGGAAUGAGCAGACCUAUCGCUAUAUCUCUAGAUAACAGAGCGACGCUUCAAGACUGUUUGGAAGUUGGCCGCAUGGCAAAGUUUGACAAAGUUCGCACAAUCACAACAAAAUCAAACUCUAUAAGGCAAGGGAAGAUGGGGCCACUCCCUGUCACCAUGAAUGGCAAAGAGGACUACCUGUGGUGUACUGAAAUGGAACAGGUCUUUGGCUUCCCCAAACACUACACGGAUGUGAACAACAUGGGUCGAAUGCAAAGGCAGAAAGUCCUGGGUCGCUCCUGGAGUGUCCCCGUGAUCCGCCACCUCUUUGCCCCAUUGAAGGAUUAUUUUGAAUGUGAAUAGAGACAGUGAAUCUCCGCAUCAGAGCGGCUGUGAUAAACCUAAUGCCUUAUGCUUCGCCGCUUUAAUAGUUCAAAUUCUGCUUUUUCUCCAAAAAAAAACCUAGUUUAGCAUUUUGGCUUUUAGCUUUUUUACUCAUUUGUUUUGUCAGUCAUCCACGAUCAUCUGUCAAAAGUAGGCACAAACACUUUUCAAGUUAUUUUCUUCCCUAUUUUUAACUUUCCUUUCAGAAAUGAUGUCGAUGUGAUUGGAUAAUGUUACACAAACCACAGGCCUGUGCUGCAAAGUGAGAUGAGACAGUGUGCCAUCUUUGGGUUUUACUCAGGUGUUUUUUUAUAUCACAUCUCAAACCUUAUUCAGAAUUAAAAUAGCACCUUUUACACUUUCAGAUGAAGGUGGUCCUGAUGCACCUUUGUUACUAAACAAGACACUGUUGCAAAUACAGAGGAUGAAUGUAGAUUCAAAGUUGGUGCCCUACCGAGUUGGUAGCGGAGAUCAUACUGUCUGUGUUGAUGGUGCUCUUGUUAGCUGCUUCUGCUACGUCUGCUAGUUGUUUUUAAGCACAGUGCUGAGCUGCUUCUGUCCUGGUCUGCACGAAGUACCAAACAGAAACAGCUGCAGGCUGAUAAGUGUGUCUUUUCUGAGCCAAUAUGGAGCAACCAGUGUUUAAAAAGGGCUAAUGACAUGCAGCAGAGAUGGUUUUAUACAUCAUAAUGCUCUGCUUUUUAUCGUCAUGAUGACAACAAUGAGACAUAUUUGUUGUAUUUCUAUGUUUUAGACUUAACUGGUUUAGUCAAAUAUGAAUGCAGCAUUUUUGUCACAGCAUUUGAUUUUAGUUCAUAUAUUUUUUUCUCAAUAUAAUGGGAAUGGUUUGUAAUUGGAGCAUUUUAGCAUCUGUAAGCUUUGUGUUUUAGCUGUUCUGCUACAAUAUCUGGACUUAGGUUAAUCCUGCAGCUAAAAUUAGUACUGAGUUAAUGCUAAUAUUGCUAUGUAUAAAUAUAGAAGGUAUAAAUAUGCCACAAAGCUUAGGAAAUAAUAUUUCAGACUUAGGUUUACAGCAUUUCUCCGUUGGCUUCAAGUGGCCAAAUAUCAAUAAUAUCAAGUUUUAUUUAUUCACUUUUAAAUGUUUCAUGUAUUGGUUAUAAAUAAGAUGGUUAGCUUAAAUGUGACUGUUCCUUCACUGAACUUGGUGCUACGUAACCUGAAAAGCCACUGAACUCACUUUGUGGUGCAGGUCCUGCUUUCUACCUCUUCACUCAUUAACUGGGUAAAUUCAAAAUUUUUUUAUGAAACAUGUUGACUUUGUGUUUUUCUGAUCUACUAUAAACUGUACAAGGCAUUUUGAGUCUGAUCUAAUCCUUUUCCUCCUGCUUAAAAUCAUGUGCCGUGAUAAAUAUGCAUAGGUUUUACUUUCCAUUGUGAUCAUUGACAAAACAUUUUAAUCUUCUUUUUAAUACUUUACAUUGAUGGUGCUCCACUGAUUUAGUCUUAAAUAGCCUCACUGUUUUAGCAUUUUUAUUCAUAUUUGAAAUUAUUUAAGGACUGUCAUAUACAGAAACCAAAAAUAUUUUUAACUGACUCACUGAAAACAAACUGUAACCUUUGUUGUGCAGCAAAUAACUGAUCUUUUCUAAAGUUUCCUAAAGUACCGUAACAAUGGCUUUUACACAUUUAAUCUUUUGUACAACACACUUACUCUAGAAAUAAAUAACUUUUCGACACUUAUAGCUUGAAUGUGGCAACUUACUUUGUUAAAGUGAAGUUAAAAAGACGUUAAUAUUCGCUUUAUAAAAACAUGAGAGCUGCAUGUGUUAAGCAACAACAAAGCCUACAAGCCUACUUGGUCCAAACCAAGGAAUUCGUGUUGUUUUUAGAGCAUCGUUUUUAAAAAAUAAACAACAGAAUAUCAGAACUAAUGAAAGAUUAAGAUUAAUUCAAAUUAUUAAAUAAGAGAAAACAUUUUUAUAUCAGCAAUAAAAGUGAGAGCACAUUAAGAAUCUCAGUCUGUCACAGCAUCUAAUGAAGAUUAAAGACUUUCAAUGAAGGUACGCUCAUAUCAACACGGCAAACCAUCAACUGAUCCAGCUCGUGUCAUUUAUGUUGGCCAGUUAAUACUUGUUGGGGCUGAAUUUACAACACAGUUAACAUUUAGUUAGCUGUAGCUUUAGCGAAGUUGUACAACAGGUGUGUUGUGUAAACUAUAUUCAGCUGCCUGAGACUUGGAUGAUCAUGUAAACGUUAAUAAGGAUGCUCUUAAAACAACAUGAAGCCUUGUAGGUUUUGUUGUUGCUUAACACAUGCCACGCUCAUGUUUAUUUUUUUUUUAUUUUUUUAAGACUCCAUAUUUACCCCAAAAGGUAAAGGGUAUGGUUCAGGAACCUUCAAACUAUGAAAUUACACACAAUUGUGUUUUUAUUUCUCACCUGUAUCACAGCCUUUAUUGAAGGAUCGAGGUGCGGCUUUAUUAGAUGUGAGUUCAUGUUAGUUUCUGUUUUUGACCACAGGUGAUUAUUUCACCAUCUGUUCUAGAUGUACGUGAAACACACAUGAGGAAUCAGGUCAAAUGUUCUGAUGUUGUCAAAGCUUAACUUGUUUGUGUGUGAUGGUGCUUCAGUAACGGUGCUUUCUUUAGUUUUGUGCUGUUUUUGUUUUUUAUCACUAUUGAUCCAGUGUGUUAAUUAAAUUGUGCAUGUUUUUUUCUGAAAUAAAGAAAAUGUAGAAAAACUGUUUCUUGGUGAAAGAUCAGGUGAUUUUGAAUAAAAAUGUGUGAUUUAUGAACUUUUUAAAUUUUUUGUUGGUCUUAAUUAGAUCUUGAUUCUUGUUGAUAUGAAAGUUCUCCUUCAACCGUCACAGUGUGUUUCCAUAACUUAUAAAUUUAGUCUAGUGUGAUAAUCUCCCAGUUUCAUCAGUACAUGUUCAAUUAUUUAACACAAAUAUCUAAUCAGCCAGUCACAAGGUAGCAAA